AUGCGUCUGCCUCCAAUCUUCUAUCACUGCUUUCGAGAGCCUCUACCAUAUACACGCGCUCUCGAGUUACAAGAGCGAAUACAUCAGCUGCAGCUGCUCACUCGCAAAACCUCUGGCAAUCACAGGGACUUCCUCUUCCUCCUGGAACAUAGACCUGUCUACACCUUCGGUCGACGGCAAGGCGAUGAUUCGGAGGCCGCACAGGAAGCUCUGCGACUAAAGGCCACCGGCGCGGACUGCGUCUUCACGCUUCGAGGAGGACAGACAACAUACCACGGCCCAGGUCAGAUCAUCGGCUAUCCUCUCAUCGACCUCGCGCGGACAUCGCCGCCCAUGGGCAUCCGCGACUACAUUUGCCGCAUGCAAAAGCUCCUCGAGUCUCAUCUUGCCGAAGAACACGGUAUCAAGCACAUUCCUAGCGACAACACGGGAGUGUUCCUCGACGAGCACACUAAGGUCGCCAGCAUCGGCGUCCAAGUGAGGCAUCGACUGACAAACCAUGGCUUCGCCCUCAACGUCACUCCUGAACCUCUCGCUUGGUUCAACAAAGUAGUCGCCUGCGGGCUCACCGAUGUCAAGGCAGGAUGUAUCUCCGACACGGUCGAGUCGAAGGGUGGCGCCGCUCUCGAUUCCAUAGCCGGCGAGCUCCCUGGGCUUGUAAAGCGCUUUGGACGAAUAUACGAGAGGGACACGGUCCCCUUGGAUAUCUCCGCGGAAGGCGAGGAAGAGGAGGCUGUUCGUGCGAUGGUGGCGGAGAGCGUCAGUAGUGGUCCUUGGCAUCGUAAACCGGUGUUCUGACCUACGCUGGACGAGUUGCGCCCGGUUUGCACAGUUUCGGGCAUUGCAUAGAGUACUAUAGGCAUUUAUACACCC